AGCUGACGCAUUCCGAUUUGGUUAUCGGAACGUUGGCAAGUAAUAAAUUUUUGCGUAUAACAGCACAAAUGUGCAUGUAACAGCUCAGACUGUGCUUGUAACAUGCGCAUAACAGAACAUCUGGGUGAGCACAGCUGUUUCCCGCCCAAUUUAAUUCGGACUUCAAAAUGGGAAAGCAUAAAUCAUCUCUUCAAGAUGAAAUCCUGGUGGGUUUUAUGAAAGACAACCCGGACUUGGCAAAAGGAUUUGUGAAGGGCGACCGAGUUGUUGUCGAUGCCAAGUGGGCAGAGCUUUGCGGCGCUCUCAAUGCUGUUGGGCCGCCAAUCAAGGACGCAUUGGGUUGGAAAAAGGUUUGGGCAGAUUGGAAAACAAACAUCCGCAAGAAGAUGGCGAAAAACAAAUCAGAAACUCGAGCUACAGGUGGAGGGCCCUUCGCUCAGCAAUCGCUUGGGGAAUUGGAGGAGGAAUGUGGCCUCUACGAAAUGGUGGAAGGAGUAGGUGGGCCAGCGUAUGGACUUCCCCCCCCGUACGACCAAGGAGGCCGACACUGGGUUAAGUGCGUGAUGGAAGACCCCAUUGAGGAGGAACCCUCAGAGAAGGACGAACCCUCAGAGAAGGAGGAGCCCAUGCCGAAGCGCCGUCGAACUAGACCAGCGCAGACCAUGGACCUCAACAAUCUCUGCGCUGCUCAGCUGGAUGAAAUGUCGGCAAUUUCCAAGAAAAUUUCGGAACAUUUCGAACGAAUGGAAUCGUUAGAGAAGGAGAAGCUCGAGGUCCAAAAGGCGCUUGUAGACAAAUUUAGCCAAAUUUUGGACAAAUUUGCGAAAUAAUUAGUUUCCUAUUAGUUUUUUUGUGAAACUUAGCUUUAUUAGUUAUAAAGAAUAUCGAAUGACAUAAAGAAGAAAA